AUGGAGGUCCAAAAAGCUACCUCCACGCACACCCCGGGCCGAACGGUCGCACGUCGCCCAAUCAACCUGAACCGGCCACCACCCCCCUCAACGGCUGCCUCCGACCGGGUGCAACGGUUCAUUUUCAAACUCAACUCCAUCAUCCUCAGCGACAUCGAGGAGCGGAUGGAUGAGGACGGUAGCAUAGUGCGGCAGCUCGAACGAAACCCGGACCGUGUAGUUGAGCUGCUCAGCAAAUCAUCCCUCGAGGACGAUGAAGGGGUGGAUGGUGCAGAAGUGGUUGGUGGUGAGGAGGGUGCAGAUGAAACCACCGGUGCCGGCGUGACCACACGAAAAGGACGUCGAAAAAUGCCCCACGGAAUACGAAGACAGCAAUCGAUGUCAGUAGAAGAGACCACAGAUCCCACCAUGGAGCACCCCAGCAACGAGUGUGCCGACACGCAACAGAACGCACCGAAUCUAGAUGACCAGCAGCAGCUAGUACUGCUGCGGGACAUUCCGCCCGCAGUGAGGCUUAGAGCUUUGAUGCGAUUUAAAUCGCUCGAUUUGUCCACCACCGACGGUACCAUGGUCGAAAUGCAGAAACACAAAGCUCGACGGCGACGGAUGAAAUCACUCGAUACGAUUGCGGCCGACGAUGAGAACGAAGGGGAGGAACAGGAAAGCGCAGUGACGGGGGAGGAGCGAGACCAAGAUACCUUGACCGAUAUGUCGUACGAUCCGGAAGAGGAGGAACGCAUCUGCGAGGAGCUUCUAGCCGAGCUGCGUGCUCUAGAAGAGGCAGAUCGAGCCGAAGCCGAGGGUAAACUGGCGUUGAACGAAAAUGAGCUUCCCAGCGGUGGCGAUGUGACCGAGACCGGAGACCAAUCGAUUACCACCGACCAAAGCGAGGGCGAUGGUCACAAAACCGCCUGGGAGAAGCUGCAGGACUAUUUGCAACGGGUGCCGAAACGAAGGAGUAGUAAUUACGAUCUCUUUUACGAAAAUGACGAGGAAAUGCUGAAGACACUAUUUAAGCGUACGAAAUUGAAGCUGAUGUUCCACUAUAGUGAUAGCUCGAGUGGAUCCUCUGAUGAUACGAUGUGAUGUGCAGUACCAAAGCUGGAAACCUUUUGAUGUUUCCUUUUUGUGUAUCUUUGGUAGACUGGUUUGCUCAGCUCUCCUUGC